UGCACCCACACACCCCACUGUGUCGACAUUCGCCACGAGCGGCGAGACCGACGUCGCUGUGCAGUUAGCGUCGCGACGCCGCUGCGUACUUACUCGAAGGGUGCAUGCAUCUUUAUGUAUUUCGGGAUUGAUAACGCGAUUUAAAACGUGCAACAAUAGCGCCGUGCAAAUACUCGCAAGCGUGCGAAUCGAAUCAGUGACUUGAGUGUGAGAUUUGAAGGGAGAAUUUUUCCUGAGCAUCACGUCAUGUUUUCCUAGAGCGAAAAACUGACAGCCGGCCAACACGCUUGUACAUUGUGGGGGUUAGCGAGGUCUGCGGUUUUGCUGUGGAUGCUGGUGAAUCAGGCAAACAAGUGGAAGAUGAAAAUGGCGUUUACACAAAGUGCGAGAACACAUUUUAUAUGGUUUACACUCUGCUUGCUUGGAAGUUUCUUGCUUCAAGUUGAAUGUUUGCAUAUCAAGAGAUCAAGGCAUCACAGAGAUUCGUACACGUCGACGCCGCGAGUUGAAACCACACAUAUCACAUUAUUAGAAACAAAUCCAUGUCUAGUCCAUUACUGCUACAAGGGUCAUGAAUGCGUCCUGGGCAUAACGGGCGAGGCAGAAUGCAUCUGUCAGAGACAAUGCCCCAUCGCAUUCCACAAGCGAUUAGUGUGCGGUUCCGAUGGUCACAUCUAUCCCAGCCACUGCGAGCUGCAUCGCGCUGCAUGCCUCACAAGAACCGCCAUUUCCGUACAACGCGGUGUCCAUUGCGUUAAACAUGGUAAAGGCUGGGCGCCGACAUUGAAUCAAGAAAUAUCGAACGAAGCACCGACUGAGAGUCAGGACGUCUACACAUUCAUAACGGACGCCAACAGAGAAUCCACUACGGCGACCAUCGCCGAAAAUGAGGAAAUUGCGACGACUAGUAGUCCCGCGGCGACCUCCAGGAAGCCAUCAGGCUAUAAUGCACGACUCCCAGGCGUCCCCGAUGCCGAAAAUGAAAUCGACACGGAGACGAUGGAGAAGGACGAUGAGAUUUACUACGACAAGCAGGAGUGCUCCAUGCAGGAGUACGAAAUUAUGAAAGAUAAUUUGUUAUUGUACAAUCACGCGCGGUUGAUGUCACAGGAUAACCACAGCAAGGACUAUUUAGUGUCUAUUAUGUUUUCACAUUAUGACACUAAUAAUAAUGGAAAUUUAGAGGCAUCAGAACUUAGCGAGAUUGGUAAUCAGGAACAUCUGGACUCAUUGAGUAAUGGAUGCACUUUACCCAACAUGAUACAUUACGAAGACACUGAUCACGACGGAAAACUAAGCAUCAAUGAAUUCUACGUUGCAUUCAGUAAACUAUACAGUGUCUCCGUGGUGUCAUUGGACAAAGCCCUGGAGACAAAUCACUUGACCGUGCGAGUCGGAGACAACGUCGAGAUCAAGUGUGAUGUUACCGGGUCGCCAGUACCGCCGAUCGUUUGGCGACGCAAUCAACUGGACUUGGCGACGCUGAACGAAGAAGAGGUGCGCGUCUUCGCUGACGGCUCAUUGUAUCUCACCCGCAUCCAGCUGCAGCAUGCCGGCAACUACACCUGUCACGCGCAGCGCAACAAGGACGUCGUCCAAACGCACAUAUUGACCGUGCACACUGUGCCGGAAGUGCACGUCACACCGCGCAUACAAUCGAAGCGACCCGGCGAGGACGCGACAAUGUACUGUCAUGUCGCCGGAGAGCCAUUUCCCAAGGUGGAGUGGCUGAAAAACGACGAACCGUUGCAUUUGGAAAGCCCGAGGAAAUAUCAAAUAGUUGGCAAUGGCACCGCGUUGAAGAUUAAAAAGAUUGCGUUUGCCGAUACGGGCGCUUACAUGUGUCAAGCUACCAAUACAGGCGGAUUAACAAGAGACAUCAGUUCAUUGGUCGUCCAAGAGCAGCCUACACCAACAUCGCCAAACGAGGAGCGGCGUUUCUUCGCGUUCCACGAGUGGGGCGUCUCCGUGUACGAACCGACCACGUGCAGGCUUUACCAUCAGAUACAGAGCACGGAUAUUAUACCCGGCACGCAGGAGUACGUGUGUGGGGACAAGGGGGUACGGUGCACGUGGGGGCGCGCCGUGAAUGUUGCCAACAGAUACAUCUAUGCCACCCAACCGGAUAAAGACCGCAUUCUUAUCAUUUCCAAAAUUCAAAUGGUAGUUGUUGAUGUCGUAGCCACUGAUAAAUAUCCUGUGGAUCUUUAUUACGUCCCGCAUCUGGAUCAGGUCUGGGUAUUGAAUUGGAGGUCGACGAACAAUACCGGAAUCAAGACAAUACAAGUGAUUAGAGAUGCGGGACAAAAACGGAAACACCACACCGUCCAUCCGGAACCCAUCGACGGUCAGUUCGAUCUGGUUAAAGGCUUGUUCAUCCCGUCGCCCAAUCAGGAGCUGUCGCACUACAGUUUCAAGUACGGUUAUGUCACGCACACGAACCAACGUGGCCUGUACAAAUUGGAUCUGGAGAAUCUGCGCUACACGCGUUCCGUCGACCUGACGCCAUACAACUGCGUGCCAGCGCAAGUGCAAUUUUCCGCGCUGUAUGGCUUCGUCAUAAUGCAGUGCUUGGAGCCGGUGACGGGCCGGCAGUCCGGACAACUACUCCUCGAUUAUUUAACGGACACCGUCAUCUCGACGAAGCCGACCCUGCCGGGCAUUCCGUUCAUCUCGCCUGACUCGAGGAAGCUCGUCACGUUGGACCGCACCGAAAAUGGGGCGACGUUAAUUGUGCAGGAAAUUACUUCAAACGGACUCGUGUUUUCGUUCGACGUUAAGACAACGCUCAACAUCUCCGACCUCACGUUCUAUCCGAGCGAGACGACGCACAGCUACGAUUUGUACGCGAGCGCGCAGGACAAGGAGGACAUUCUCUUCCUGAACCUGCUCACCGGCAAAGUGGAGAUUAUCACCGGCGUCGGGCGGGCCAUGAAUAUUAAAUUAGCCAAAUGGGGUAAUCCCAAUAGGCCCAUCAGCGGAUCAGGUCUGUUUGGACAGUACAUGGUGACACCUGCGAACGAAGCGUUGUUUGUCCUCAAUGGCCGAUCGAGGACGGUCAACUGCGAGAUCGGCGCUGUUGCGCAUCCCAGCACGAUCGUCUGGACGAGCCUGAAAUUCCAUUAGGCCAGCGAUGCACUUAGAUAGUUAGAUAAAACAAAGCAGCGCGAGCAAAACAGCAUUGUAUUAAAGAAUUUAUCAGAAUAUCACAGAAACCACGUCGCCACCCCCGGUUACCCCAUAAGAUUUUAGUUUUUUAUAUGUAACAUAUUACGAAUCGUAAGUAAACUAAGUAGGAGAUACAGGGUGAGACAGAAAACAUCAAAUUUAUAAAUAAAUCAUUUAAGUGCAUUAUACAUCAAACAAAACUUUUAAAUCAUAAAAAUCAUUUCAACAUUUAAAUUUAUUCAAAAAUUAUUGUUUAAUAUAUUAUUAUAAACAAUAACUCACUUAUUUUUACUUGAUUUAUAUUUUAAAACUAUUUUUAACAGUUUUAUUGCAUUUUUCACCAAAAUUUUAUUUAAAAUUUAAUGUUUCGUGUCUCACCCUGUAUAAAUUGAUUGCUUGUUAAAACACGCGACUUGCGACUCAACAAUAUUAUGAUUCGAUCCAAUUGAAGUACAUAAAUUUGAGUUCCGCUUAAUAAUAGAUGAUUGUUGAGUGUCAAGAGAAUAACGUAAAUACUUAUAAAUACAUAUAGAUAAGUUGUAUAAAAAUAAUAAGAGUAACAAGCUGCUGAUGAGAGUUAUUGAGAUGCGACAACUAAAAACCGAUCCCGACUAUAAAAAUUGUAACAAAAAUAUUUGACAAAAAAAUAAUAAGAAUUUUCUACUCGACAUUUUAUUAAGCAGACGACGAUGAAGAAAAAAAUUAUGAGAAAAUUGUAUCAAUAAGCGUAUUGUAAAAUUCGAUUUUCGUACAGUCGAUUUGUUGAUUCAAAGACAUUUGACAUACCGUAUAAAGUUACUCCUAAGUGUAGUCCUUGUGAUGAAUUGAGUUCUCGUUGUUUCAUUUUUUGAAAUAUUUAUUUUCGAGACGUGUUUUACUAUGUAAUCAUCCAACAAUUAUCGCGACGAUGAGAAAACCUUGUAUAAAGAAAAACUCUUUCAUCUUUCCCGAGUCUCUAGUUAACUUUAAAACUGUAAAUGAGUAGAGCGUCCAUCUUUGGGGCGCUGGUCCUAGCUGAAUAAUUUUAGCCCAAUUAUUGACAAUUGACGACGAUGAAAGAAUAGCGUUCAAGUAUCUUAACCAAAAAGAUCAUUAACAAAAUUUAAAAUGAAGAUAAAAACGCAAUGCUGUGGACGAAAAAUGUACCUAUAUGAAAACGUAACCUUAAAAAACGACGAUGUAGCUUUCCCGCUCGAUUCUUGUACUCAUUCUUGCCUUUUACGUGCUUCGAUUCUCGCAUUCACACACGAUUGGCUUACGAAAGACAUAUUAUUAUUCUUUAAGGACGGAUAAUGAUUGUGUAAACAAGUCUAUUCAUUAUUAUCUAAAUUAACUACAAACAAAAGAAUUCACAUGAUUCAUAUGAAUUUUUAGGUAUGGUGGUGCAAUAUCAUUUAUACAGAAUAAAAUAUUGAAAUAUAAA